AUGCCCCGGGACAACAUGGCCUCCCUGAUCCAGCGGGUGGCGCGGCAGGCGCGCAUCACUUUCCGCAGCCCGGCGGGGCCGGCCUUCGGGGAGAACUUACACCGGCUGCAGCAGCUGCUGGACGAGGUGCGCGCCGAGGACUUGCACUUGGCGCCGCGGGGGCCGUCGGCGGCAGCGGCGGCGGCGGCGGGCGGGGGGUUCCCGUGGGCCGGCGUGGUGCCGCCCGUCAGCUACAUGCACAUCUGCGAGACGGAGAGCUUCAGCAUGGGCGUGUUCCUGCUGCGGAGCGGCGCCUGCAUCCCGCUGCACGACCACCCGGGCAUGAACGGCAUGCUGAAGGUGCUCUACGGCACGCUGCGCAUCGCCUGCAUGGACACGCUGCCCCCCGCCGCCGCCGCCGCCCCGCCGCCCGCCGCCGCCGCCGGGCCCUGCCACCGCGCCCUGUUCCGCUCCCGCCAGCACUACACGCCGGCCUCCCCGCCCUGCCUGCUCUCGCCGCACACCGACAACCUCCACCAGAUCGACGCCGUGGACGGGCCCGCCGCCUUCCUCGACAUCCUGGCGCCGCCCUACGACCCCCAGCACGGCCGGGACUGCCACUACUACCGCCUGCUGGAGGGGCCGCCGCCGCCGGCGGGCGCCGAGCCGCCCGGCCUGCCGCGGGAGGUGUGGCUGAUGGAGACCCCGCAGGCCGCCGACUUCUGGUGCGGGGGCGAGCCCUACCCUGGACCCCGCGUCUGCCUCUGAGGCGGCGGUGGCC